UUAGGUUAAAGGCCAUUUGACUUGCCUCUCUCCAGCUGUUGAAGUCUCCGUUGAAGCACGGCUUGCCACUCCAGAUCUUUUGAAUAAUACCUUGGGAGUUCCGGAAGAUUGAUACUCUGGACUUUUGAGCUCAUAUAGACAAUGAAUUUGUUACAUUGAUAUUCAAGUUAGAAGAAAAAUCCAGCAAUCCUUUGAAUGCAUCUGCAGGCAAGUACAACUGCCAUCAUUUUGGCUUUGGAUCUGCCAUAUCUUUAAAGGAAUAGAGGAAAUAUAUCUGUGAAAAGACAAUUAAACAAUGAUUUCAACUAAUAUUUGGAUUUCCUGGGAGAGAACUAAACCAAUAGCAGUAUUUCUGCUCUUUGAGUCCGGCUGCAAUCAUUAACUAUAGAUGCAUUCCAGAGCGUUUUAUCAAGACUACUGUACGGUAUGAUCAAUGCUGCACGUCACUGCGUUCUCAGGCAAAACUACAAGAAUGCAUUGUACACCGUUUAACAGAAAAUGGUUUUGAAAUGUUUGAACACUGCUCUGAGAAAAGCUUUGAAAGGGGCAAUAAUCGUAAACAUCCAGUUGCUUUUAGACUGAAACUUUUAAACACUCCAUUAUGGUUAACGGGACUACUGAUUCAAACAGUUCCAGUCUUGGACCGAGUGAUGUCGAGCGAGUGUUGGUACCAAUAUUUGACAGCUUUAUCCUGGUGACCGGGGUAGUGGGACACAUCCUGGUUCUUAUCAUCAUCUGUCGAACGAUACGGCGAGGACGUGGACAGCCCAGUGGAGGAAGGACAGGAGGACUCCAACAGACAAAUGCAAACGGCACAGAUGUUUUUCUUCUGUCAUUAAGUGUGGCGGACCUUCUCCUACUGUCAUGUCUUCCAUAUCACACAGUUGCCAUUGCAACCCAUCACUGGCCGUUUGGAAGCUUUAUGUGCAAGUCCGUCAGCUUCCUGAGUGCGAUGUGUACAGCCGCCAGUGCCUUUACGCUGGCCGCUUUGGCUUUUGCUCGGUACAUCAUCGUAGUUCAUCAGUCCAAAGCGUAUCGAUGGCGCAGAGAGGGGCGUUUAAAAGUGACUGCAGGCGUACUGUGGAUACCAGCUGUUGUGUUGGCAUCGCCUCAGUUCGCUUGGAGGACACUGAUUUCAGGGCCGGACAACCGUGAAACUCUUGAGGACCUGGCAUGUUUUAAUUUCCUUUCUGACAAGAGCCAGUUGGCAUAUGGAGUGUGCCACUUCCUACUGGCUUUUGCAUUUCCGCUUUUGGUCAUUGUAAUAGCCUAUGCCAAGAUAUACCAUUUCCUCAAAAUCACCAGGCGGGAUCGCACAACUCAGACUGACCGUUUGGAGCACUACCAUGUUCAUGUCACCCAGAUGUCUGCUCUGUUAGUGCUGGCGUUUGCAUUGUGCUGGCUGCCUUCCUAUGGCUUGAUGUUUGCUCAAAUAGUUGAGGGUGACAAUGCGGUUGGAACUUUACCUAACUUUGGACCCUUUGCUACGUUUGCUCGCAUCAUGGCAACCUCUUCUACAGUGGCCAACCCCAUUCUCUAUGUUUUCAUGUCAGAGAAAUUCAGGAAGGAACUAACAGAUCUGGUUCGAGGAGGCUGUGGAAACAGACCCUCCGAAAGCCAUAUGGGAUGCUGAAAUGACCUUUUAAGAGUUACCAAAUAACAUGAUUUAUUCCAUAAAAUAUGUUGUUUACAUACUUAAAUGACUGUGUACAGAUGCUAACAAUGUGUUUUGUUUUUUAAACAAAUAUGUAGAACAUUUCCAUAAGUGAUGCCACAAUGACCAAUGGACAAUGACCGCGUUAAGCCGCGUUUCCACCGAAACUACCCGGAAAAAUUUGUCUGAGGAACUUUUUUCCCCCCAGACCUAUUGCUAGCUGUGUUUCCAUAGCGGUCUAAAGUACCGUGAAGAUAGUCCGUUGACGUAGGACUGUGCGUGACUUUCCAGUUCCCGCUGGAUUUCAUCCUCCGCAUAUAAGUUUAAUAAAGCCUGAACCUUGUCGUCAGUCCGUCGGUCGUAUUUUUUAAACCCUAUUGUUGAUUCGAAUAGCAGACAACUCUUACUGCACACACCGCAACAGACUUUAAAAAACGAUGGUUGAAAUAAAAUGCUGCGUGGAGUCAACCAAUCAAAAUGCUGUGUGAACUCAACCAAUCAGCAUGUUCAGCGCCCAAUCCCACCCCCGAAAGUUCCGGAACUUUGAAAAAGUACUACCCCACGAGCAAGUACGUUCAGAGGGGGAAUUUUUUACCUGGAAAUUCAUUAGACCCUGGUUCCUGUGGUCGAAACACCGAGUACCACCCCAAAGUCCCUAGUUCCUGGGGAAAGGUCCUGCGGUGGAAACGCGGCUUAAGGAACUUUGGACUACCUCUUGAGUUAGCAAUGGUGUUCUGGUAUUUCAAUGUAACCAUUUUUUUGCAGAGCCUAGAUUACAACAGUCUAGAAUACAUUGUUUAUUCUUUUAAUAUUUUGUGUCAGUUAAUUUGCAGACUUGUGAAGGUUUUGUUCAUUAAAAAAUGGUGUAGUUUGACUUGA